UCGCCGUCGCUGUGAUACGGCAGCAAUGAAAUAACAACGUCUGCACACUGGUGGCUGUCGUGACAACGCUGAUAGUGCGAUAAGACUACAGUUCCCUUUGGAAGGUCGACGUGGACUUUCCGUAUCACACUUGGUUCUCAACGUGCUGUCUACGCAUCCAUCGUAGCAAGCUAACCCCUGGGCAACAUGAGCUACGGAUAUCCGCAGGCGCAACACCAGUACCAACCCCCGCCACCUCCAGGAUUUGGGCCUCCGCAACAGGGGCCGCCCCCAGGCUACCCCGGCUAUCCGCCACCGCAGCCCGUAGCGGAGCCCUACUUCGCAGCAUCGGCGCCAGUCAGCGACACAUACCAACCACCUCCGGCACCCGUCCCUCAGCACUUGUAUCCGGUGCAGCCGCAGCCUGGAGGCUACUACGUGCCGCCGGCGCCUCCAGCAACCGUGAUUGUGAAGGAGAAAGAGGACAGUUGCGCCAAGGACUGCUGCUUGUGUGCACUGUGCAUGGGUCUGUGCUGCCUGUGCUGCCAGGACUGAGCCGUAGCGAACUUCAUGUGCACACGCUCUUCGUCACGGCAAGGGUUACAAAAUAUCGUGGCCCGGUCUUUUAUAUUUCGACAGGACGACGGUGCUUACCCAGCAAUCGUAUCUGUAAUGCACGACACUUGCAGAUGCAUAAAUAGCAAGACAGUCCACUUGAGAAAAGACAAUUUCGCGAGAGAGAGUUUCAACAAACGGUGUGCUCUCUUCAAAGAGAUUCAAGAAAGAGCAAGCCCCUGAUUUUGGAAGCUUCUCAUUAGCGGGUAACUCACGACACUGAUCUGUGAUAAAAAGAUAAACCAUUAUUAAAGCGCUGGUGAAGAACCAAGAACUUUUUUUAAGUUCAAAACUUUUGUGCAUACAUACUGUAUAACACUGCCCAUUUGCAGUUUAGCAUCAUGUCUAAUCUUGAAUCAAGCAAACAAAUAACUUACCAACAG